GAAACACCGGUACACGGUAACAAGAGGUAAAAUGCGACGGACCGUCCGCACAUAAGCGAGAGUUUUAUCUUUAUUUUAAACUUUAAGCCACUGUUAACAGUGCUGAACAAAAGAAAGCACGGUGUUAUUUAUCCAGCCCCAGUUUCAGUCACAUUCAUCAUCCAUAGGAGCUUUUAUCGUUGUCCGUUAACAUCCACCAGCGUGACAUUAGCCGUGCGGAAGGAAACACAAACAAAUAAAACUCAGCAGAAACCGCUCCGUAGUGUGUUAUCUUCGCCAGCGUCUUGCUGCCUUCGCCGACAUGGCUGCUAAUCCUCCAGGACAAGCCUUCCCAAACAAAACACGGGUGGCGAUCCUGGCUGAGCUGGAGAAGGAGAGGAGGCGGCUGAUGCAGAAUCAGUCCAUGAACACUCCUGGAGCCAGCAUCUCACUGUCCAGGCCGAGUCUGAAGGAGUACAGGGACAAUGCAGAGCAGCAGCACAUUGCUGCUCAGCAGAAGGCCGCCCUGCAGCACGCACAUACACACUCAUCGGGCUUCUUCAUCACUCAGGACUCCUCAUUUGGAAACCUCAUCCUUCCCGUCCUUCCUCGCCUGGAGCCCGAUACAUGACCUUUUCACCCCCAACCUCCCUCCAUUCUGCCCAAGAUAAAGCUUUGAAGCACAAUAUGUGCACAAAUAUGUGUCUUUCCCGAUUUCCUCUUUUAAGUCUGUGAUUAAUGGGCAGUUGUUUGUCAUGUUGUAAACAAUCUCAGGGGGAAGUGAAUCCAUCUUUUUUUUUCUUUUUUUUCCUUUACAUUUUCCAGACUAACAUGCUGGCUGCUGAUUUUAGGAGAGCUUUCAAAACAGUUGGGAUACAGAUGUCCCGAUCGCUAUGAAACAUCCUGUCAGGCCCUCCAGGGGCUGAAGGACAGACUCCAGAGAAAUACUGUAAAUGUUAUCCGGCUCUGUUGCCUAACACACGGCUUUCCGUAAAAUGUACAUUUUGUCAGGUUUUUACAUUUGUAAUUGAUUUGUAUUGAAGUUUGGAUAAUAAAAGUGUUACAUUCA